ACCAAGGUCUAAUAUUAAACCAACUUUACAGCAGCUGAAUCAUUUGAUGAAUCACUUAAUGAUUCACCUAUCUGUUUUCAACUUCCAUUGUUACCGUGUUAUUUUUCACAUGUGAUAUUCUCUCAUGGUGAUAUUAUUCAUGCUUUCACAUGUGCAGUUUUGGGUCAUAACAUAACCACCUCCUGUCUCACCGUCUCCUGUAAGAAUAAAGUUUAAUUAAGAUCAUGUGGCCUUUAUGAUCCAUAAGGUUUCGUUUUUCUUCUGCUCCCUCCUCCUGAAGUUGCGCAAUAUGUUUCCAUUAAAAGUAGGAAAGCUGAGUGUGUUGCUCAGAGCGGAAGAGAAAGAAGAAACAUGGCAGAGAACUCGGUGAGGGAAAUGAAUCGGAUCAGGAACACAAAUCGGGUCAGGGACAUGAAUCAGAUCAGGAACACAAAUCGGAUCAGGAACACGAAUCGGGUCAGGGACAUGAAUCGGAUCAGGAACACAAAUCGGAUCAGGGACAUGAAUCGGAUCAGGAACACAAAUCGGGUCAGGGACAUGAAUCGGAUCAGGAACACAAAUCGGAUCAGGAACAUGAAUCGGGUCAGGGACAUGAAUCGGAUCAGGAACACAAAUCGGAUCAGGAACAUGAAUCGGAUCAGGAACACGAAUCGGGUCAGGGACAUGAAUCGGAUCAGGAACACAAAUCGGAUCAGGGACAUGAAUCGGAUCAGGAACACAAAUCGGAUCAGGGACAUGAAUCGGAUCAGGAACACAAAUCGGAUCAGGAACAUGAAUCGGGUCAGGGACAUGAAUCGGAUCAGGAACACAAAUCGGAUCAGGAACAUGAAUCGGGUCAGGAACAUGAAUCGGAUCAGGAACAUGAAUCGGGUCAGGAACGCGAAUCGGGUCAGGGACAUGUACGAGGGAGUUAAUCCAGGUAAAAUGACUAAAAAACAAAAAAAAGCGCACAGAGACAAAACUCUUCACAAAAAUCCAGAUGUUCUUUUCAGAAUACAUCGACAUGAAAAACUCCAUGUGCUGCUCUUUAUGCCGACUAAUAAUGAGGAGUGGAUGAGGGUGAUCCAGAACAGGUUUCCACCUAAGCCGUCUUUUCAGCUGACUGUGAGACGUGCUGUAAAUGGUCAUUUACCAAUUAUAAAUAUGUCUGGUCCUGAGGAUGAACUUAAACGUGUCUGUGAUGAUUUUGAUCAGCUCUACAAUGAGGUCAAUGAAAACAUUCAGGAUGGAGGAGGAACAGCACAGAGGAACAUAGCAGCUGAGAUUGAGGAGCUCAGAGUGAGAAUCAGGGAGCUGGAACUGGAAAUCGACAUUCUUCUGAGGCGACUGGCUGAGGUCCAAAGCCGAGGACGCUGAUUCUCUGGUCUCCUUUCAUCACUGCAGUGGAAGUGGAUAAAGUUAAACAUACAGUCUCCUCCAAAAGUAUUGGAACAGCAAGGCCAAUUCUUCUGUUUUUGCUAUACACUGAAGACAAAAGUAUAGGAACAGAUAGUCUUAAAGUAAAUUAAAGUAAAUAACACUUAAUAUUUGGUUGCAAUAACUGCAUCAAGCCGGCGACCCACUGACAUCGCCAAACUGUUGCAUUUUUCUAUUGUGUUACUCUUCCAGGCUUGUAGCGCAGCUUCUUUCAGUUGUUGUUUGUUUUGGGGGGUUUCUCCCUUCAGUCUCCUCUUCAGGAGGUGAAAUGCUGCUCAGUUGGUUUAAGGGCUAGUGAUUGACUUGGCCGGUCUAAAACCUUUGUCCUUUGUUGUGUUGGCAGUGUGUUUUGGGUCAUUGUCUUGCUGCAUGAUGAAGUUCCUCCCAAUUAGAGGAACUAAGAGGAACAAUUAGAUUGGAUGCAUUUCUCUGUAAAUUGGCAGACAGAAUGUUUGUGUAGACUUCUGAAUUAAUUCUGUUGCUACCAUCAUUAGUUACAUCAUCAAUAAAGAUUAGUGAGCCUGUUCCAGAAGCAGCCAUGCAAGCACAAGCCAUGACACUACCUCCACAUUGCUUGACCCAUGAGCAGGUCCUUUCUAUCUCCAUGCUUUGGCCUUUCCAUCACUUUGGUAGAGGUUAAUCUUCAUUCCAGAAUUUUUGUGGUGCAUCUCUGUAUUUCUGUGUGAAUUCCAAUCUCGUCUUCCGAGUCUUACUGAUGAUGAUUGGUUUGCAUCUUGUGGUAUGGCCUCUAUAUUUCUGCUCUCAAAGUCUUCUUCAGAGGGUGGAUUGUGAUACCUUCUCCCCUGCCCUGGAGAGGUUGCUGUUGAUGUCAUUGGGGUUUGAUGUCACAAUGUUUCUCUCAUCAGCUGUUGUUGAAAGUGAGAGAGAGACGGUGAGAGAGAGAGAAUGGAAAGCAGCCUGCCAUAGCAGACACCACCAGGUUAUCCUCUGCUAGCUGGAUGGCUUCUGGACGCCAGUCAGUGGCAAUGGACCCACUCUGUUGUUUCUGCCGGAAGCCAUGCGAUGAACCGCUCCAGCACCAUCAGUUCGAGGAUUCCCUCGUCAUCCCUCUCCUCAGCCAGCAUCCAUCACCAACAGAAGUUGUUGAGCUACUACGCGAAGAUGAACAGCAGCCAACCUGGACCCAAGCGUUGUCAAUGUUCCUCCAGGGACCGGCUGACCCAUUGCAGCACCGCCUUCCUCACAGCCUGGUACUCCAGCUGAGCACAUGACAGGAGCUGCUGGGUGACAAACUGGACUUCCCAUAACAACAAGGGAAGAGCCUUAGGGCCCAUGCUUCCUCAGGCCAUCCCCACGUAGCUGCUGCGCGUCCAUGGAAGACAUCUUUGUGUCUUUCUGAUCUAUCAUCUCAUAAUCACAGUUCGAAUUACUGGACGAGGAAACACAGGAUGGUGGAGGAGCAGCACAAGAGCCUGCAGAUGAUCAGAUACUGGCGGAGGAGAUGCAGUGGUUGGUGGAGAAGCAUCGAAAUCCAAUACAUCAUUGUUUAUGAUGUGUGUAACUAUGUGAGAAAAUAUAAAAAUACAUACAUUACAACCUUUUUCAAGAGGAAUAAAUCUGUCUAAACAUUUACAAAUUCAUCUCCAUUUCUUCAAGAGGA